AUGAACUCUGGAAAUAUUAUGGAUUUAUACUUAAAAAUUAUAGAUAGAACUAUUGAGAAAUCUAGAGGAUUACAGGCACCAGAAGUUCUUGAGAAAUUAAGACAAAAGUGGAUAUCUAAAUUAAAUGAUUAUUAUUGUGAUGUUGAGAAAGAUCUUUCAUAUUCUAUUGCUGAAUCAUGGAAUUUAGAAAGUGAUCAUAUCUAUGUACCAAAACUUGAAGGAGUACUCCCAGUAAAAAUUGAAACAGAUAACUUAAAAAAACCUAUGCCUAUAAUUACUUCAACAAAUAUUACAAAUUUAGUAACUGUGGAUGAUAAAUAUGAAGAUGAUGAAAUGAAAUCAAAACGUAUACGAAAAGAUAAUACUGAUAACAAAGAACUAAUUAAUAAUUCAGAAGUUCAAAUAGAAAAAAAUAUUGUAGAUUGUGAAAAUCCUAAAACAUCUGAGGUUCAAAGAGAUCAAGUAAAUUCUUUUGAAACAGAUGAAGAUGAAUUUGGUGGAGUAGAAUGGGAUAUUAUACCAACUGCAUCAUCUCAAUUAUCUAUUAAACAUGAAGAACAAAUUAACAAAGAUAAUGGUGAAGAUUAUACAUAUUCAGAACAAGGAUCAAACUUAGAUGAUAUAUCUGAUCUUGAAGAUGAAGAACCUUUUUGUAAUGAUAUAGUUGUUGGACACUUUGAAACUGUUGCUAGACCAUAUUCUCGGAAAAAAAAUCAAAAAGGUAAAUGGAGAAUAAAAAUAAGAAAAGGUAUAGCUCAAAUUGGUAAUGAGGAAAUAUUUUUUGAUACUCUUAUAGGAGAAUUUGAUUUUUAA